UUUUCUUUAUCGAUCUUCUUCUCCUGAGGCGAGAGCACCAACCAUGCAGAUCUUUGUGAAGACCCUCACGGGCAAGACCAUCACCCUCGAGGUCGAGCCCUCCGACUCGAUCGAGAACGUCAAGGCCAAGAUCCAGGACAAGGAGGGUAUCCCCCCUGAUCAGCAGCGCCUUAUCUUCGCCGGUAAGCAGCUCGAGGAUGGCCGCACCCUGAGCGACUACAACAUCCAGAAGGAGUCCACACUGCACCUUGUGCUCCGCCUGCGUGGUGGUGGCAAGAAGCGCAAAAAGAAGAACUACACCACCCCCAAGAAGAUCAAGCACAAGCACAAGACCGUCAAGCUGGCUGCCCUCAAGUACUACAAGGUUGAUGGCUCUGGCAAGGUUACCCGUCUGCUCCGCGAGUGCCCCUCUGAGGAGUGCGGUGCUGGUGUCUUCAUGGCUGCCCACUUUGACCGCCAGACGUGCGGCAAGUGCGGUCUGACCUACAGGUUCGACGAGAAGCAGGAGGCAUAAAGGCGUUGAUCAAAGCAUCUUCGUCUCGUUGUUGCAUAUCCCUUGUCUCUCUCGUUGUUGCAUAUUCCUGUGUACGUCGUCAGCCAAUGCGGUGGUGUGGAAGUUGGGGUCCAAAGCAGGGGCGUGCCUGUCUCUGGUUUGGUUGAGUGGUUUUUGGUUGGUGCGGACCUCUGCGUUUCGCAUGUUGUGGGCGCGUCAACGGCAUUUGGCGCUGUUGCCAUUUCAUGGCCCGUGUCAUCUUUGCCGUCCGUCGCUGCCCUCUGCCUGAGUGCUUCCUCUCCCAAGCAAGGGCAGUGCUUGUCCUGGCUUUUGUCCCUUUCUUCUCGUGCUUCUGCGCCUUUCCUCACUGUGCGAGUGGAUGCUCUUUUCUCCCCUCCCCGAAUUGCACCCAUAAAUGUCCAUCGCCUUGGGAUAA